CUAUCAAGAAAAAAAAAAAGAGAGAAAAGUAAAAGAGAAGUUUCUCGGGAAAAUUGGGGUUAAAAUUUUCUCUCGUUGAUCCAAAUCGUGCAACCCUAGUUUCGAAUCUCGUUACUAAUUUUGGAGAUCUCGAUUUGAAGAAGAUGACGAAGGAUUUCGCAGUUCCACCUGUAGUUUUCCCCACCGGUGGAUCUUCAGGCGGUCCUAAUGUCCAGCAAAGAAGAUUCCAGGCUGCUCCGUUUCAACCGCCGCGUCCUUCUUCUUCCGCCAUCCCGUUCAUGUCGUUCGAUAUGGGAUCGGCAGCCGCGUCCUCCGCUGCACCAGCCGGAUCGUUCGGCGGCACAAUCGCUUCCUCUUCGUCUUUUGGUGGUGGUUCAGCUUCGUUUGAAGAUGAGGAGCCUUUGCUUGACGAGCUCGGUAUACAUCCAGAUCAAAUCUGGAAGAAGACUAGAUCGAUUCUCAAUCCUUUUCGGAUUAAUCAAGCUGUUCAUAAGGAUUCAGAUCUAUCUGGUCCGAUCUUUCUAUACCUUGCGCUUUGCCUGUUUCAGCUGUUAGCUGGUAAGAUCCAGUUCGGUGUUAUACUUGGAUGGAUCGUCGUCUCCUCUAUCUUCCUAUACGUCGUCUUCAAUAUGCUUGCUGGUCGCAAUGGGAAUCUUAAUCUCCAUACGUGUACGAGCCUGGUUGGAUACUGUUUGCUUCCGGUGGUGGUUUUAUCUGCGGUGUCAUUGUUCGUACCGCAGGGAGCUGGGCCGGUUAGGUUCGUGCUUGCGGCGGUGUUUGUUUUGUGGUCAACCAGGGCUUGUUCUACUUUGGUGGUAUCACUCGCCGAUGGUGGAGAAGAGCAUCGUGGCUUGAUCGCGUACGCUUGCUUCUUGAUCUAUACACUCUUUUCCCUUCUUGUUAUAUUUUAAUUUCCUCUUUGUUAUGGUUUUCGAAUUAUUGAUAGUUUGGUGAAUCUUCCGAUGCCAUUAGCGAGUAGCAAAAAAAAAUUUGCUACAAUAUAAGUUCUUUGAUGUGAGAUUUGAAUUGGGUGGGAAAUGAAUAGCUACGAAGGUGUAAAGGCUUUUUUGAGAUAAAUUUAGAAAGAUGUUUAUGAAAUUUGAUUCAAAGUUUUGUACCCGUCACUUAAUCUUAGAGGUUUUUGCUUAAGUAUUAUUUAUACAAUUCAUGGA